AUGGAAUUAGUACGAAAGGACACUAGUUAUGCUAGUGAGAUAGGGGAUGAAUCAGAGUACACACCCCUUGAAAACGAUCUAACCCCUCAAGUUACUGGAAUUGGUGGCGCUGAAUUAACUUUUUCCAAGGGAAGAAUCCGAUCUCUUCACUUGUACAAUUUUAAGAGCUACAAAGGCCUAGUACAAGUGGGACCUUUUACUCAGUUCUGUGCCAUUGUAGGCCACAAUGGUUCGGGCAAAUCAAAUCUAUUGGAUGCUAUCGCGUUUGCUUUAUGUAUUAAAUCACCUAAUUUUAAAGGGUCCCUAUCUGAUGUAAUAUCCAAGUGUGAUGAUGAAUUACCUGCUGCAUACGUUGAAAUCCACCUUACUGACUCCCCCGAAGCUAUAUUCAGACGCAAUGUUACUUCAAAAAAUGUAGUUACUUAUUUUAUUAACGGUAAACCGGUCACACUCAAACAAUACCACGAGGGACUACUUAACUACAAAAUAGAUAUGAUUGGAAAUUCAAGUUUGAUAUUCCAAGGUGCAAUAGGUAAUGUUGUACAGAGGAAUCCGGUGGACAUGGCUAAGUUAUUCGAUUCCAUUAGUGGCAGCCAUCUAUUAGAUGCUCAAUAUAGGGAAUUGAAGAACAGUAUUGAUAAACUGGACGCUGAGUAUCAUGACAUGUGCGUGAGGAAAAAUCACUUGGAGAAACAGGCUAAAAGGUAUAGGCAGAUGUCAAACAAUGAAAGUGAAUUUAAGAAAUUGUUGACUAGACAGAACGAUUUGCUUGCAGAGAAGUACCGGUGGGAGAUCAAGAAACUUGAUGAAAAGAUUGCAACAUUAAAAUCUUCAAUUUCCAAUAAAAGACGUGAAAUUGAUGAGUUGAUAUGUGCUAUGAGAUCUAGGAGAGUUGAAAUAGAUUUGCUAGAGGAUCAAAGAAUCGAGAGGGAAAGAGAGUUUAGCGAAUUACAGGAGAAGAAACUCGAAAUGAAACGCCAAAAAAUAUCAAUGAAGUUGAGGAACGAACGCAUUAAGGCUGAAAAACUAGCCCUUGAAACAGCAAAAAAUGAAGCAAUUACCCGAGCACAAUUCACUAAAUCGGCGAUUGAUACCGCCCAAAAUAAUGUCAAUUCACUGAAAGACGAACAGAUAAAACUCACUGGUAAACUGGAAUCGUUGGAAAGUGAUUAUAUCACGGAUAAUUUUUGCAAAAUAUCGUCUAAAAUCGACUGGGAGUUGUAUCGCACCAUCGAAAGCCAUUUAUCAACCAGUUUGGGUGAAGAAAGGAUGAUUUUACGUACUUUACAGCGAAAAUUAGAGGGAGAAAAAAGGGAAUUAAAAUCUGCAACAAAUACGUUACAAGGGGAGGUGAAAAAGUUGAACGAAUUUACCGAUAAAUCUGGGAAAUUGGAGAUGCUAUUCAACGAGCUACAACUACGUGUAACCAAGAUUGAGUGUGAAAUGACUACAUCCCAAAAAACUCUCCAAUUGACGACAUCCAAAAUUGAAGGACUUAAAGCUGAAAUAAGAGAUAAGGAGAGGGCUUUAGCUGAGGCUAGAAAUCUGUCCAGCCUAUCUGAUUUGUACCGCGAGGAAUUGUCUAUUAACCACGAGAGACAACAGGUAGUAAGGAGGAUGAUGGCAUCGGUACCAGGUGUCUGUGGAUUGCUGAGCACAUUAUUUCAAAUUGAAACAGAAAAGAGCAUCGUUUUGAAGGCACUAUCGUCAAAUUUGAAUUUGGUAGUAGUUUCGGAUUAUGAUACAUCAUUGCGUUGUAUUGACUGGCUUAAACAAUGCAAGCGCUCCUACAAUGGAUACUUGGAACUACUCUCAUUGGACAAGAUAUCUUCAACCUCAAGGCGGAAAGACGUUCGUAACAGACGUGACCACCGAUAUCUCAUAGAUUGUAUAUCAUUUGAGGAACGUUACAAUGCCUUAUUUGAACAUUUUUUGGGUAAUUACAUCAUAGUCAAAGACUUACAAGCUGCAUAUUCAAUGGACAAUAACCAACAUAACAGUGGUAUAGUAUUUAUUACUGAGCGCGGUGAAAUUGUCAGGGGAAAAACAAUUACCUUUGACGUCGGAAAUUCUGAUCGGCUAAUGAAGGAGUUUGAUGUAUCUAAUUUUGCCGCUCGUAAUGAGAAAGUCAAACAUUUGGAAGUGGAAUUGGGGGAGCUUGAGAAUAGUCUUCUCCAGAGCGAAAUGGAUUCUCACAAUCUGUCCAACAAGAUCGAGAAGUUCAAAUGGGAACUCAAAAUAGCAGUGUCAAAGUUGGACGUAUGUAGAAAGCCUGUAGAUUUUAACCAGCAGAAUACGCUCAUAAUUCAGGAAUCGAUAAAAUCAUGGAGUAUUAGAGUUGAUCAACUGAACACAAAUAUCCGUGGUUUGGAAGAGCAAAUUGAAGUGGUUAAUAAGAGGAUUGAAUUGGUGGAAUUUGAGGCAUUUCGACCUUUAUCGGAAUCAUUGGGAGUGGAUAAUAUCGCUAAAAUACACCGGGGAAAUCUGGAAAUGAUGCAUAAAAGAUCUACAGAGAUAGAUAGAAUAAAAGCCAGGUUGGCACAGAUUCCCACUGAAAUUGACGAACUUAAAUCGGAGAUAAACAAAUUAAACCAUAAACUCAGUAAUAUUCAGGAGGAAAUUGAUGUUAUUGUAACUAAUAGCACAAAUGACAGUGUCAAUUUAGAUACUACUGAACUAACUUGUAUGGACCUAGAUGAUACUACCAGUGAUUGUGAGGACAAUAGCAGUAUUUACAACAAUGAUAAGCAUUUAGACCAAUCACUAGUAACACUACAGCAGAAAGAUUUCGAAGAUGGUAAGAGGAUGGAAGAGUUGAAGCUGAGUCUAGCUGCAUCAGAGGCCAAUCUUGAAUCUCUGACAUCUGAUCGUGCAAAUUUGGCAAUCAAAAUUAAAACUGAAGUUGGAGAAAGUGUUUUGGAUGAUAGUUUGAAUUUUAUGAGUGAACCUAACACUAGGGAGCUGGAACGGGUUCAACGUAGGCUGGAUGAACUUUGUGGUUAUGGAGACUAUAGCUUCGAAUUAUCUCAAGUUGAGUCAACACUUAGUGAUUUAAAGGGCGAUAUUUUGAGGAUAAAAAAGGCAAUAGAUGACUCAAAAGACAAAUUCUACCAACUUCGUCAGCGAAGGAAGACAAUAUUUAUGGAUUUCUUGUCCCAAAUAAAUCGCACAAUACCACACAUAUUGCACACAUUGUUCAACAUAAGCAACUCGAAUAACAUAUAUACUCAAUACUGCGAGAAUAUACUUUACAUAAACAACACAAUAGAUCACUCGGUAGAUGAAGAACCAUUCUAUUGUCCAAUCCACUACAACUUUUCACCAAACUGCUACAACUUAGAUAUUUCAGUUCAAAGUGGAGGGGAGAAGUCCCUUGCGGGGUUAGCUUUGAUUUUAGCGUUUCAAAAGGUCAAAGGGACACCUUUUAUUGUGCUGGAUGAGAUAGACGCAUAUGUGGACGCAUAUUACAUCAAAGGGAUCUUGAAGUACUUCAAUGAAUGCGACAGACAAAUAAUUGCCAUAUCUCUAAGGGAUAAGCUGUUUAACCAAGCCGACAGUUUAAUUGGGGUCUUUAAAAACCGUACCACGGCCAUAUCUAAAACUGUCACUCUCAACCUCACCAAGUACCAAUCUGCGGAAACAGAUGAUGUUAUGUGCAUCGAAGAUAGGGGUUCAAGAAGUUGCCAAUCUGUAACACCUUUUAUGUAA